GCAUGAUGCGGACCCUGGAGGUCCAAUCGCUGGGGCCCACGGCUGCCCGGAGGGCGGCCAGAGCCAGAAGAACCGAGGUUGCCGAGGCAGCAAUCAGGAAACGCAUCGUGCCAGAGACCGAUCGCCCGAUCAUCGAGACCAGGUACAUCGCUGUGGGGGUUGGCAACCACGGUGCCCUUGCCCAUGCCACCCUCAACCCGUACGCGAAGAUUGUCAACGAACACCAGAAGGGAAAGUAUCGGAGUCUUGCGCGUAGCUCCACCGUGGCCUUGCCUAGCGAGGAAGAGUACAACGAUCAUCCAUACUUUGCUGACCCCAGCGCUGCCUUGCCUGCCGAGGAGGGCAAUUUCGACAUCCCGCAGGAGCCAGCUAACCAGAACAAGUCAGAUGACAUGCCCUUCGUGCGCAGAGUGCAUUUGCGGCACCGUCGUUGUUUGCAAG